UGCGCAAAACGUCAUGCGCUGUUCAAACAAGUAAUUACUGACGUUCGCCGGCAUUUCUUUUUUUCCGUGAAAAUAAUAUCAAGAAAGAUGUCUAUGUUACCGUAUCUUCUCGAUAUGGAACGCGCCCGGCGUUUACCCGACCAACAUUUCGCACUAGCUCUAACGCCCGAAGACAUUCUAGCUGUGGUGUCCCCCCAAUACAGCACUGACUACUACAGGCCUUGGAAACAAAUCUCGUCGAUGCUCCGAGACGUCGGCUCGACUAUUAAAUCUGAUAGGGCCAAGUUCCAAAUUAAUUUGGACGUGCAGCACUUUGCGCCUGAAGACAUCUCUGUGAAGACCUCCGACGGUUUCGUGGUGAUCGAAGCUCGUCAUGACGAGAAGAAAGACGAGCAUGGAUGGGUGUCGCGCCAGUUUACGAGACGAUACCCGCUGCCUGAAGGAUGCUGUGUGGAAGCAGUGCAGUCGCGGCUUUCCUCCGAUGGCGUUUUAACAGUCACUGCGCCUCUAGAAAGUCCGCAAACGUCCAACGAGAGGGUUGUUCCGAUCAUCCAAACAGGGCCAGUGAAGAAACAGCCUGAUGGGUCAAAAAAUGAAGCAGGUGACGGGGAACCACCCGUCAAGGCUGCCGUAGAGAACGGACAGCAGUAAACAAGCGAUAACUACUUGAUGCAGGGCCAAGGCAAGAAUAGCUCUUCGUUCUUUGAUGACAAAUAAAUUACCAGUGAUACAUAAAACAACUUGACAUAUAGUUGAAUAAACUUAUGUUUGUACGAUGAGAUUUUUAAUACCAUUUGAUAUGUAUAAAGAACUGAUUAAUAAAUUAUCGUCUUUUUUGUGA